AUGUCGAGAACACCGUCUCCACAGAAGAAACACGUCCAAUCUGUGACUUCUGAUUAUCCAUGGAGAUCCGACAGCCCAUUCGGUCCACCUCAAGUAACGCGCUCCGUCCCCAGUGGCAUCAAAAGAAUCCGAAACACACUAUCAAAACUCUCACCAUCCGCCUUCGCAGAAAAAGAACUCCUGCGAAAAAAGAACCAGCGCAAAAGCCCCUUAACCAAGAGAAACGUCGACACCUUCGUCACUGAGCAGGAAUGCAAUGAAGCCUACAAGCCCAAUCUACACUCGCCCCAGAUCCAAGUCACCGAGUGGUUACAGCGAGUCUCCUGA